AUGGCUUCUUCUUAUUCUUCAUCUUUUAAUUUCUCAGUAAUUAUAUGCAUUUUGCUUCUAGUUUUGAGCCUUUUCUUUAAAUCACAUGCUCAGUUAAAUUCCAAUUUUUAUGAUGAUAAAUGUCCAAAUGUUUCGAAUAUUGUUCGAUGUGUAAUUCAACAAGCUUUGCAAUCUGAUGCACGUAUUGGUGCUAGCCUCGUUCGACUUCAUUUUCAUGAUUGCUUUGUUAAUGGAUGUGAUGCAUCAAUAUUGUUGGAUAAUAAUGCAACUACAAAUAUAAAAAGUGAGAAAGAUGCAACUCCAAAUGUUAAUUCCUUAAGGGGUUUUGAUGUUGUUGACAACAUUAAGGUUGCUGUUGAGAAUUGUUGCCCUGGUGUUGUCUCUUGUGCUGAUAUUCUUGCUCUUGCUGCUGAAUCCUCUAUUUCUCUGGCAGGUGGUCCUUCAUGGAAUGUGUUAUUAGGGAGAAGAGACAGCAGAAGAGCAAAUCAAAGAGGAGCUAAUACUUCUAUUCCUUCUCCUUUUGAAGGCAUAAAUAAUAUUACUACAAAGUUUUCUGUUGUUGGCCUUAACAUUACUAAUCUAGUGGCGUUAUCAGGUGCUCACACAUUUGGACGUUCCCAAUGUCGUUUAUUUCGUGAGAGGCUUUACAAUUUUAAUGGCACUGGAAAUCCUGAUCCCACAUUAAACACUACUUAUUUAGCCAAAUUAAUGCAAAUAUGUCCACAAAAUGGAAGUAACACUGCUUUGGCUAAUCUUGAUCUCACAACUCCAAAUCUAUUUGAUAACAAUUAUUUUACAAAUUUGCAGAAUAAAAAUGGUCUUUUGGAGUCAGAUCAAAAAUUAUUUUCAGCAAAUGGUGCAUCAGAAAUUUCCAAUAUUGUUAAAAUAUUUAGCAGGGACCAAAAUGUCUUUUUUCAGAGCUUUGUGGAGUCAAUGAUUAAUAUGGGAAAUAUUAGUCCAUUAACAGGGACUAAUGGAGAAAUUAGAUUAGAUUGUAAGAGAGUCAAUUAA